ACUUCCACUUCCGGUUCUCAAUUCCGGAAGUUGCUCUCUGAGGUAACGUGCUGGUUCGUGUGGUCUUUUGUGAGAUUCCACCAUGGCGUACCGUGGCCAGGGCCAGAAGGUCCAGAAGGUGAUGGUGCAGCCCAUCAACCUCAUCUUCAGAUACUUGCAAAACAGAUCCCGGAUUCAGGUGUGGCUCUAUGAGCAAGUGAAUAUGCGGAUAGAGGGCUGUAUUAUUGGUUUUGAUGAAUACAUGAACCUUGUAUUAGAUGAUGCAGAAGAGAUUCAUUCUAAAACAAAGUCAAGAAAACAGCUGGGUCGGAUCAUGCUAAAAGGAGAUAAUAUUACUCUGCUACAAAGUGUCUCCAACUAGAAAUGAUCAAUGAAGUGAGAAAUUACAGAGAAAGCAACAAUUUUUUUUUUUUUUUAAUUUAGCUGCCCUUUGCCUGGAAUAUAGUUCUAAAGCAUUAGUUCACAUUGUUUUGAUGACCUAUGUUAUUACCAGAUGAAAAUAAAUGCUGUGGAACUCUUUUUAUUAAAAAAAAAUUACAUUUGUUUCUUCUUAA